ACUUAGGAACUAUUUCAAUUCAUUCUGAAACAGAAUUUCACUUGUGGAGUGACUGGAAGCUGUUUCCUGACAACCAGCUCUGUCCUUGUGAUUUUUUAAUUUCAAAAAUAGAAGAAUGGGAAAACUGUACUUGCUCUUCUCAUCAGCCACAUCUUACAUAUUCCCUAACUGAUAUGGAUCUACAGUACUCCUGGCGCACAAGCAGCUUUGGAAGCUUUGACCGUUUCAGGCAUCACUCAAUAUCAAAGACAGAUGAUUCAGCUGAGACACCUGAGCUGGAGACUAUAAGUGACAUUGGGGAAGCAAUGCAAAUCAAAGCAGCAAACAAUGGAGGAAGUCUGAGUAAGAAGAUGAGAGCCAUUUCACUUACCAUGAAGAAAAAGAUGGGUAAAAAAUACAUCAAGGCACUGUCUGAGGAGAUGAAUGAAGAGGGGAAAGAUGACAGUGAUCCUGGUGGUGGAACACACACUGAGAAGGUCUCCCUAAAAACCAGUGACUCUUUGGAAAGUCUUUAUAGUUUGAACAGUGGCCAGAGCUCAUCAAGUGGGGUGACCAGCUGCUCCGAUGGCACGAGCAACAGGGACAGCCUGCGCUUUGACGACGAGGUCCCGUACAACGGGCCCUUCUGCGGCCGAGCCAAAGUCCACACCGACUUCACACCGAGUCCCUAUGACACUGACUCGCUGAAAAUCAAGAAAGGAGACAUCAUAGAUAUCAUCUGCAAAACUCCCAUGGGCAUAUGGACAGGCAUGCUGAACAACAAAGUAGGAAAUUUCAAGUUCAUUUACGUGGAUAUUAUCUUGGAAGAAGAAGCUGCACCCAGAAAGAUAAACCCACACAGAGGAAAGAAAAGAACCAAGCCUAAAACAUUGCAAGAGCUCCUGGAAUGUGUCCACCUGCAGGAAUAUGCCUCAACCCUCCUGCUGAAUGGCUAUGAAACUCUAGAGGACUUAAAGGAUCUACAGGAAAGCCACCUUACUGAACUAAAUAUUUCAAACCCAGAAGACAGGGCAAGAUUGUUAGCAGCAAUUGAAAAUCUCCAGGACUAUGACAUUGAAGAACAGCAGAAAUGUGAGGGUGAUCAGGAGACGCAGAACUUAAGCCUUCACCAGAGUUUUGACAAAUCACAGUUAAAUGACUGUCCAAGAGAUUCUGGCUGUUACAUCUCAUCAGAAAAUUCAGAUAAUGGUAAAGAAGAAGCAGACCCAGAAGCCCUGUCUGACAUGGUGCAGUCAAUAACAAUCAGUGAGUCAAACUGAUUCGGUCCUGCUGCUUUUCUGCAGGUUUUCAGAAAAGACAAUCACAUUUGUCAGCAUGAUGGCACAGAAGCAGAACAAAAUAUUCUCAACACUGAAAAUCUACUUUUUUCUGAUUCAUGAUGCUCUAAACUGUUCCAUAUGUGGACACUUGAUAGCUAAAUGUUAGUUGAUAAUAAGAAUUGCUCGUGUUUUGCUUUUCAAUAAAUCCACAGGUAUUUCCCUGAAAAAGUUUAUACUAAAGUAUUUAUAAAUAUUUGUACAGUGAAUGCAUUUUCUAUAAUAGUAGAGAAUUUGUUUUGGUAUUGGUUCAUGAUCUGGAGAUGUUCAUUUCUGGAACUGUCCAAAAUGUAAAUAUUGUACAUAUUUAUUUUAAAAACAUAUGGAUUAAUCACAAUCUCUAUUUUCAGCUGUGUUUUGCUGAUUUGUGUACAGAAUGUAUUUUCAUUGAUAUAGCAUCGUAAUAAAAAUGUGGGUACAGUCAAACCCUACUUUGAAAAGUACCAAGCCAAUUCUCACUAAUAUUAAAGUUGUUUCUCACCACUUUUCUCCAAGAUGAGCUGUAAAGUAGACUAUCAUUUCCUGUACUUUUUCCUGGAGGCAUAAAAGAACUGUAGGGUAAAUCUGAAUUCAGCUCUCUGUGGUCCUUAUCUUGUGGAAGAACAGAGCCAUCUGAAUGGCUCAUGCAGUGGCAAUUUUUUUAUGGUUCUUUUCACACAUGUUCUCAUUUGUCCCAAGCAUUAUACAGAGAAUUCAAACUUGGAAAAAAAAAAUAAAUAAAUCAGGAUCAGUGCUAUGCUUUUAUGAUAAUGUUUUGUGAAGAUGUGGCCAUUUGUAUGUGGUGUGAAGUUUGUUAAUAGAGUAUUUGUUUGUAUACAGAACUCUGGAGAUAACAUGGGUAUUGUACAUGACUGUCUUUCAUAUGAGAUUUUAUUGUCUUUUCCCAGUAUAUUUCACACUGGAAUACACAUUUUAACUGCCUGUCUUCUUUUAGAGUUCUUCCUUCAAUAAUAAACAGAAUCAUGUGUUUAA